AUAGAGAAGAAAAGCACCACUCUCAUGUCCCUUUUCAGACGUUUUUUAAAAUGGCAUUCCUUGUAAUUUGAUGGGGAAACUUUUGUUUCGUGGGUUCAUGCAAUUAUCAUACAGAGGUGGCGCUUCAAUAUUAGUUGCCCUUCUGUUUUAACGUGGUACGGUGUAUCAUUUGUGGGAUUUUACAGCUCCGCUCAGAGUCCUUAGAAAGGGCAUGACUCUAGGAUAAGGUAAUUUGGGGUAAGCCCAUCUCUGGCAGUACGAGUUUGCCGACACUCCUUUUCCCCCUUGUUGCUCCAGAGUCUCCAUUUUCAGUGCUUGCACCGAAGUCUGUUUUGCUUCUCACAUUUUUUUUGUAUGCAUGCAUUCAUGCAUAAAUGAAUAAAUUGAAUAAUGUUGAUUGGUUUGUUCUUUUCACUAGAGCAACUUGUUUACUUUUCGGAAUUAAUAAACUGCCCAAGGAAUCGUCUGGCAACUGGUCAUAUUUAAUAAAUAAUUAAUAAAACGCUGUUCGUUCUUGGGAGGAGUGACGCAAGAUGUUCCGGGGGACUGUAACCAGCUUACUCACUGCCACCACUCCCCCGCCUCCCACUUGCUGCUUCCAAACCAGGCUCCUUCUCCCUGCAGUCACUCCCACUGUUGCUCCCUGGCAUAGCAGCUGCCCUGAUUGGCACACCCCCGCUGCCAUCACCACUGAGGCAUAUUCCUAAAGCUUCCAAUGUGAAUUGAUUUAAAGAACACUGGUAUCAAAAUUCCUGAGACCAGACAGUAUUUCAGUUCUUCAAAAUCGGUCUAUCAACAAUCAAGAAAUUUACUUCUGAGUACCUUUCCCAUGGAGUGCUUGGAAGAACAAUGCGUGUAAGUCUUUGACACCAUGAUAUCCAUCAGGCAAAGAAAAGGAAUAAAAACCACAGAAGUUUCCGAGGAUUAUGCGGUACAAGAAGAAAAUGUGAAGUUGGAAAAUAAAUUGCCAUCUAGUUGUACCAGUGGAAGAUUAUGGAAGAUUCUGUCUUUUACAAUUGGUGGAACUGUUGCCCUUUGCAUUGGACUUCUUACAUCUGUCUACCUGGCCACUUUACAUGAGAAUGAUUUAUGGUUUUCUAAUAUUAAGGAAGUGGAGCGAGAAAUCUCCUUCAGAACAGAAUGUGGACUGUAUUACUCCUACUACAAACAGAUGCUGCAGGCGCCCACCCUCAUGCAAGGUUUUCGUGGCUUAAUAUAUGAUAACAAAACUGAAUCUAUGAGGACAAUUAACCUGCUUCAACGAAUGAAUAUUUACCAAGAGGUUUUUCUCAGUAUUUUAUAUAGAGUUCUACCCAUACAGAAAUAUUUAGAGCCAGUUUAUUUUUAUAUUUACACCUUAUUUGGACUCCAGGCAAUCUACGUCGCAGCUCUUUACGUAACCAGCUGGCUCCUCAGUGGUACAUGGCUGUCAGGGCUACUGGCAGCUUUCUGGUAUGUCACAAAUAGAAUAGAUACUACAAGGGUUGAGUUUACCAUCCCAUUGAGAGAGAAUUGGGCGCUGCCAUUCUUUGCAAUUCAGAUAGCAGCAAUUACGUAUUUCCUGAGACCAAACUUACAGCCUCUUUCUCAAAGGCUGACACUUCUUGCCAUUUUCAUAUCAACUUUUCUCUUUAGUCUGACAUGGCAAUUUAAUCAAUUUAUGAUGCUGAUGCAAGCAUUAGUACUGUUCAUUCUGGACUCCUUGGACAUGCUGCCAGCAGUGAAGGUGACAUGGCUGUAUGGUAUACAACUCACAGGUUUACUCCUGGUCUGCAUUCUUCAGUUUUUUAAUUCCAUGAUUCUUGGGUCAUUACUUAUCAGCUUUAACUUUUCAGUAUUAAUUGCAAGAAAACUUCAGAAAAAUCUGAAAACUGGAAGCUUCCUUAAUAGGCUGGGGAAACUGCUGUUACAUUUAUUUGUGGUUUUAUGUUUGACACUUUUUCUCAAUAACAUUAUUAAGAAAAUUCUUAACCUCAAGUCAGACGAACACAUAUUUAAAUUUCUGAAGGCAAAAUUUGGGUUUGGAGCAACAAGAGAUUUUGAUGCAAACCUGUAUCUGUGUGAAGAAGCAUUUGGCCUUCUGCCUUUUAAUACAUUUGAAAGGCUUUCAGAUACUCUGCUUUUUUAUGCUUACAUAUUUGUUCUGUCCAUCACAGUGAUUGCAGCAUUAGCUGUUGCCUUCCAUAAUCUCAGUGAUUCUACAAAUCAGCAAUCCAUGGGUAAAGUGGGAAAGUACACAAUCGGCCUGAAACCAGAAACUGCCUACAACUUAACACACACCAUUCUGUUUGGAUUCUUGGCACUGAGUACAAUGAGAAUGAAGUACCUCUGGACAUCACACAUGUGUGUGUUUGCAUCAUUUGGCUUAUGCAGCCCUGAAAUAUGGGAGUUACUUCUGAAGCUGAUCCAUCUUUAUAACCCAAAGAGGAUAUGUAUAAUGCGAUACUCAAUACCAAUAUUAAUACUGCUGUAUCUGUGCUGUAAGUUCUGGCCAGGAAUGAUGGAGGAACUCUCCGAGUUGAGAGAAUUCUAUGACCCAGAUACAGUGGAGCUGAUGAACUGGAUUAACUCUAACACUCCGAGAAAGGCUGUGUUCGCUGGAAGCAUGCAGUUGCUCGCUGGCGUCAAGCUGUGCACGGGAAGGACCUUAACCAACCACCCGCACUACGAGGACAACAGCCUGAGAGAGCGAACCAAGGCGGUUUAUCAGAUAUACGCAAAGAGGUCUCCCGAGGACGUGCACGCCCUGCUCAGGUCCUUCGGCGCGGACUACGUGAUCCUGGAGGACAGCAUCUGCUACGAGCGCCGGCACCGCCGGGGCUGCCGGCUGCGCGACCUGCUGGACGUCGCCAACGGCCACAUGAUGGAUGGCCCAGGAGAGAAUGAUCCUGAUUUGAAGCUUGCAGGCCACCCUCGCUUCUGUGAAGAGAUCAAAAGAAACCUGCCUCCCUACACAGCGUACUUCACUAGAGUGUUUCAGAACAAAACAUUCCAUGUUUACAAGCUGUCCAGAAACAAGUAACAGAGCUUUCUAUUCAAUCUAUUUUUGAUACGUGAAACGCCACCGUAAGGAAAGUCAAUAGCUAGAUAGAUAACGUUUCCUAUGUCAUUAGGUAGCCCGUACCUUAAAGCUGUGAUAUGAUUAAGUCUACAAAUGUUUACACUAGCGUUACCAUCUUUGAGAGUACCUUAUACAAGCUUCAGGUCUUUUUAGUCUUGUUUCAUUAAUGUUCUUCAGCCUAAAUGUCUUCAGCUUUCUAAAGGUGAUGUUGAAUUUUGUUGUUGGAGAGCACAGAAAGUGUUCCAUGGGUAGCCUGGACAGCUGCGUAUCAUGUUGGAAACCCAGAGCCUGUUCAGCAUUUAAAAUACUUCUGAUUUUUAACUGACUUAAGACAGCUACUGUUGAAUCAAAUUGAGGGGAUGCAUAAUUAAAUUAUUAAAUAUUAUUCCACUCGUGAAGAUCAGUUGGUGGCUUUUUAAAAAGCUCAUUGCCCGUUUCACUUUUUAAAUUUUAUAAUGUUUUCCAAUUGUCAUGCUUUAAUAUUUUUUAAAAAAUCAUGUUAGGUCUUUGUAUGUAUCUAAAGUUUUUUGUUGUGUUCUGUCUGAAAUGUAAUGUGUGGCACUUUGGUAGUGUGUGUGUGUGUGUGUGUGUGUGUGUGUGUGUGUAUGUGUGCGUGUGCACGCGCAUGUGCAUGCCUGUUUUAAUGCUGGACACAGAAAAGUGUUACAAGUUCUGUAUGGUAAGUCCUUAAAGGAGCAGGAAUGUUAUGUAGCCGAGUAGAAUUUGUUACUGUUUAGUGUUAUUAUUAUUUUAAAACCUAUUGAUACUAUUUAAACUGUCCUGCAAGUAAGAAACUUUUUCUUGAUUUCUUACUCAUUCAGAUUUACUGGGUUUGCAAAAUUUUGUAAACUUUUUGUUUUUAGCCUUUGUAUUUUUUACAGCCUAGAGCCUUGCAAAGUCUUAAAAUUUUUUAAAUGUUGUAUCUUAACUAACUCACUAAUCUGAUAUUUUUCGCAGAGAGCAUUUUCAUACCAAGUUUGCUUUGUGGUCUCCAAUCUUACCGUGAGAGCCCUGGUUAGGUUAUUCUUUUUCUUACUCAAAGGUAACCAAGUGCCUCUAAGUCAUGCUUAUUUGUAAACAACGAAGAGGAUUAUGUGUACCUUGUACUUGGUCAAAACUUUUUUUAUAAUUGCUUUUAUAAUUAAUUUCUAAUAAUGGGGACAUGUAAAAGUUGCUGAUAAAAGCAUACUUUGUAUUUAAUUUAAUCACGAUGCUAAUGAAAUUAACUUUCACCUCUGUUCUUGCCAGUUGAAAAUGAUUUAAAUGUUUCUCCUUGCAGUUGUGUUGAAGUAAAUUACUGUAGGCAUGAAGAUGUCUACGUCACAUGUUCAAAUGAUUUUAUAUUCAGCUACUACUUAUUAAGCAGUAUUCAGAAAGAAACUUUAUACUGUCAUGUUGGACUCAAGGAUAACUUGGCUUUUAUCAAAACUUAUUUAAAUAAAAAAUUGACAGUAGCUGGGUUAUUAAAUUAUGCAACUGAAACUCCUGAAUUAUAUCUUUCUUGUAUCCCUUAAUAAGGUUGGAGACCACUGCAGUUUAGGAUAAUACAAUAAUAAAACAUUUUAAUCAGCACUAAAACUUUAAUUAAGCCAGUAGUGAUGCAUGCCUGUUGUAGCUGACAGCACGGGUCAGUCCAUCCUUCGGUGAGUGCCUUACUCUUAAUUGAAACCAAGCACAUGUAAGGUACAACACGUUAGACUAUCUAGUUAUGUUUUUAAAACCCUACCUUGGCAGAUGUAUUUCAAUUUAUUUUAAAUAUUCCUAUAUGUAUUAAUCUAAGCAUUUGGGUAUUUAGAGUUUGAAUAUGCAAGAAUCGUGUACUUAAAUUUGUCUGCUUACCCUCACCACACUGAUGGCAUAUGGUGAUCUUUUUUCAUAGUUUAGGUGCCAUUUGUUUCCAAAGCAUUUAGUGUUGGGUCUUCAAUGAAAAAUACAAAGUGCCAAAAAAAACCUUGCAAGACAGAAUCCAUACACACUCUCUUUCCAAAACACUGUGACCAUGUAUAGCACAUUUUUAUUUCCUGAUGACCAAAUCUCUUAGCAAAUCACGUUAAAUAUUUUUAGUGCUCGGCAGUAUUCUCUUUUAUGACCUUCUCAUUGGAGUACACGGGAGGGAAGAGGAAGAGUGGCUGGCUCCUGGAUCUCUGCCAAGCCACAGCAGGUGCCCUGUGGCGUAAGCUCCCCGCCACACGGCUCUCAGCGGCUGCGCUAAUAUUUGGUGAUAGCCUCGAAUAAGGCUGUACCUUAUGGGUAGAAAAACCACUUGAUUUUUGCUUCAGCAUUAGCAUUCAGAGGAACCUCUAAGUACAAUAAGUGCUCUUAAUUAACCUUUACUUACCUGACUCACCAGAUCCCUGCACAGUCUCCAUCCUCUUGUGAGCUGCCUGCCCACCUGGCACCGCUCAGGGGCUGCUCCCCGUGUGCUCACAUGCUCCACUCCCUCCCUUGUGCCCACACCACACUUCUCUGUGCAUCUCUGCCUCCUGUUGUAAAUACAUGAUUCAACAUAAGCCCAGGAAAUCUGGGUCUGAAAAGAAAGGGUCACUCCUGCAAAAAGUAGCUUGGAUGCUUUGGUAAGAUUUGAUGAAGGUUGCCACUAAUAAGAAUGGCUUUUAUAUUAGGUAUGGUUGGGAAAAUUAUAAAAUAUUCGGAGAACAUAAAAUUCAAGCAAAUUUCUGAGCUCAGACUGCUUCACAAGAUUUAUUUAUUUAAGUACUCAUUUCACCUUUAAAAAAUCUAGGCUGAUCAGAAGGUAUUAAAAUGUACCCAAAUUGGUACAUUAUUGGUAUGAUUUAUGCAAGACCAGAACUGCAAUCACUGGACCCUUAUGCAGAGGAAAGGCCUUGGCUUUACAUCAGAAGAUGAGCAAAUGAAUGUACAAUUACACAUCUGAAAUUAUGAUUUCGCUAUUUUAACCUUCUUAAAUGACCAGCUACUGAUACUAAUCACAGUGGCUAAUAGAGUUGGAAGUCACUUUAUUACAGACUUAAAAAUAGGGAUUCAUUUCAAGAACAUAAUUAGGUAUUAUCUAGGUCAUCUGUUGUCCACUUAAGAUGAUUUUCUUGACCUUUGUGAGAUCAGCUAGAUAAAUGUGUGUGUGCAUGUGUGUGUGUGCGUGCGUGUGCGCAUGUGUGUGCAUGCAUGUGUGUGUGUGCGUGUGCGUGUGUUGGGUGCUAUCAGAUAUUUCAUCUGGUCUGCAUCUUUACAGGUAACUAAAAAUGUUUAUUCUGAUUCCACAUGAACCUUGUAACAAUUUUAGCUCAUCUUUGUCCAAAACCUACCUGAAUUAACAUAGAAAUAUUCCAUUUUAAAAUUUUCAUUUAAACCUUGGAAUUAAUAGGAAGAUAAAAUGUUCUCAAAUCAUGUAUCUUGGUCAGUAUGCUCCCAAAUGCUUUAUAAAUGACAACUUUGGCCUAGAAGAGCAUACUUGCCUGUUCCUGGAAAAAAGCGAUUAAAUGAGAGAGUGGUUUACUUUCACGUGGCAAUUGAUUUUCUGCACUUAACCUCCUAUGCGUAAAAUCUUACAAAGAGCUUUUAUAAUUUGUUGUACUAAAUUGUAUGAAGAUUAUGUACUAAAUAAAGCUCUUUUAAGUUACACAA